GUGCCCGUGCCGCGCCGGACGUGGCAGCGGCGGGAGCGAUGUUGGCGCUGCUGUCGGGGCCGGGGCUGUGGCUGUGGCUGCUGGCGGCGGCGCUGGCGGCGGGCAGCGGCUCGGAGCAGCCCCGGCUCCGCGAGACCGUGUUGCGGGACCUGGCCCGCGGCAAGGUGGAGACCUGCGGCGGGUGACGGCUGAACCGCCUCAGGGAGGUGAAGGCGUUCGUCACCCAGGACAUCCCGUUCUACCAUAACCUGGAGAUGAAACAUCUGCCUGGUGCUGACCCUGAGCUUGUUCUCCUCAGCCUCCGGUACGAGGAGCUAGAGAGAAUUCCCCUGAGCGACAUGACCCGGGAAGAGAUCAACCAGCUGGUGCAAGAGUUGGGUUUCUACCGCAAGGAGAUGCCUGAUGCCCCUGUACCAGAGGAGUUCCAGUUUGCCCCUGCCAAGUCUCUGCCAAUACUGCAGCCCCCCCAAGCAACCACUGCUGAUGGCAAGACCCCACCCAAACAUGACAAGGAAGAACACCCAGACCUCUAGCAAGGAGUGCCACCCUUAAGACAGGGUCCUGCAGCCAGUCCCCAGUGCAGGGAAUGAGUGCGUUAUGGCAGCUGGACAUGGUGUCACAGGGUGGCACUCUUGCUUGUGUGCUGGUUGAUGCCCUCCUGUCCUUGGAGCCCAUUAUCCUUUGCCAGUCAGGAGGAGCAGCGUUUCUUGCAGUCUCUUUCUGUGCCCAGACAUUGAGCUGCUCCCAGCACUGGGCAGCAGUAUCCUGCCUGCAUGGGACAGGAUGAAACCCUCAGCAGAAAGUGCCAGGUGCUAAGGGUAGAUGUGCUGAGUCCCAGAGGUGGGAGAGCUGUCCCAAGAAGGGGGCUUUACCCCCCAGAAGGGUUUAUGUCAUAUCCAGCUCCUAGUAAAGCUUUUAUUUGCAGCCA